AUGAGACCUUAUAACAUAUUCCUGCGCGAAAUACAAGUGACGACGGGUUCCUACAGACUAAUAAUUCUAUUUACUUUGUAUGUUUCUGUUCAGUUUGUUUUCUCGGCCUCGGACAAAAACGUAUAUUCUUCCAGACUAUCGGAUCCAACAAAGAAGUCACAAAUUCUUCCCUCUGGAUGGGAUCAAUUUUGUACCCCAAGGAGGAAGCGCCCUCAUCAGUUUGAUAUUGAGUGUUUCGUGAGUGCGCAACAUUCUGGAAAAUGGAAGUUUGAAGAACUGAAGAAUCAUCUUGCAAAACAAAAUGUUAAAUUCACUUUUAGUGUAAAAUGUCAGGAUUCUGCCACAAUAUCCCUAUAUUGGCCAAUGAAAGCUGUAAACCUGCGCGGGUUAACAGUGGAGAAUUGCCGACUGGAAGACUAUUUCUCAGGAUAUGGAAAAGAAAAUAGUGUUCCGGAUCAAUUGGAAUAUUAUGUUUUUAGAAGUAACGUUGUAGUGGUUGAUGUGAAAAAACUGAUGUCUUUGGUCAAUAAUCCCAUUGAUGAAGAUUAUGAUUGUGGGAACGAAGAUACAAUUCAACACUACAUCAACAGAAAUACAACGUAUGAGGUUUUGGACGUGGAACAACCGACAACGUUUGUUAAACCGCUCGAAACCAUUCAAACAUCUGUUUAUAAAAUAUCCGAUUCAAAGAAAGAUGUAAAAUUGAAUUUCUCAGCACUAAAAUUGUCUACCCAGGAGAAAAACCAAAUUAGCGAGGCUUUCAAAGCCCUCAAUAGGAAACUCUCAUCUGCCGAACACAAAUGUAUAUUUAGAAACUUAAAAUACAUAGAAGGCAGAAGUACUGCACCAAUAGCAUCUACCAAAAACUCGUAUUUCCCGGAACUUUCUGUUUACAAUGUUUCACAUUCAGAUCUACAAUCGAUUCCUGAUUCUUUCACCAAGUGGUACUACUACCUUAGAAAUCUACAAGUAAUAGAUGCUUCUUACAACAAAAUAAAAAAGUUCAGAUUUGAUAGUCUUGCUGAUGUUUGGGAUGUGCCUUUGCUAAAAGUGAAUCUAUCCUAUAAUAAUAUUACCGAAAUAAAAGCUAAACAAGUAGAGGAGCUAGUGCAAACUAAAAAGCUCUACGUAGACUUUAGUAAUAACCCCAUCAACUGCUCCUGUACCGAUACUACAAAACAGUUAAUAGCGUUGAUUAAAGACGACAAAAAAUGGUCUCAUCCGACAUACCAAAGAUACAAAUAUGUCCGACAUAUGCGGUGUUACUACCCAGAAGGAUUACGUGGAAAAGCACUGUUAGAUAUAGUAAAUAAAGACUUGGAUUGUGAAUAUAUAAUCGUGGAAAAGAUGAUGGUGGAGAGCAUUGCAUGUUUGGGUGCUAUUGUUCUCAUUCUAAUUGUCCUUCUGAUACUUAUUGUUGUGUUGAUUUGUUGUAGACGAUCACGUCAUAGAACUGUUUGGAACAUAGAAUCGGGAGAAAAGGGUGCGUCAAAGUUUGACGAACCUACUGAAGUUUAUAAAAUCGUCAUUCCAGACGUCUUAAAAAAUGCUAAUGUAAAGUGUCCACCUACUCCGUAA